CAGAGAUGGGCUCUCCAUAAUGGUUACAAAGAGAGAAGGACUGCUGAAUUGUUGGUUUGCAAUGGAGAAGAGAGAGGGAGAAAUAUCAGCACUGUGGCUCCCAUCUUGUGGCUUAUCUCCCUGCAGACAUGUGGCCCCAACCUUCUCUAUGCUGUAUUAAGGAAAGGAAAAGCUUCAGCACUGCACCAUUUGCUUUCUUACAUCACCUUUUCCAAUUUUGCAUCCUAUAACCCCUGGUGAAAAGAGGAACAAUGACUUUAUAUAGCUGCUGCUGCUUCAUUCUUUUGCUAUCUCCCUGGAAUGCUGCUGCCUACGGGCCGAACCAGCGGGCACAGAAGAAGGGAGACAUUAUCCUUGGAGGAUUGUUCCCCAUCCAUUUUGGAGUGGCUGCUAAAGACCAGGAUCUAAAAUCAAGACCAGAAUCAGUGGAGUGUAUAAGGUAUAAUUUCCGAGGCUUCCGCUGGCUCCAGGCUAUGAUCUUUGCCAUAGAAGAAAUAAACAGUAGCCCAACUCUGCUUCCCAACAUGACUCUUGGAUACAGGAUAUUUGACACUUGCAAUACAGUCUCGAAAGCCCUGGAGGCCACACUGAGUUUUGUGGCCCAGAACAAGAUAGAUUCCCUCAACCUGGACGAGUUUUGCAACUGCUCAGAACAUAUCCCUUCCACAAUUGCAGUCGUGGGGGCAACUGGCUCUGGCAUCUCCACCGCGGUGGCCAAUCUGCUGGGACUCUUUUACAUACCUCAGGUCAGCUACGCCUCAUCCAGUCGACUCUUGAGCAACAAGAACCAGUUCAAGUCCUUCCUCCGCACGAUCCCCAACGACGAGCACCAGGCCACGGCGAUGGCAGACAUCAUCGAGUACUUCCGCUGGAACUGGGUGGGGACGAUCGCAGCCGACGACGACUACGGCCGGCCAGGGAUUGAAAAGUUUCGGGAGGAGGCAGAGGAGAGAGAUAUCUGCAUCGACUUCAGCGAGCUCAUCUCCCAGUACUCAGAUGAAGAGGAGAUCCAGCAGGUGGUGGAGGUCAUCCAGAACUCCACGGCAAGGGUGAUUGUGGUUUUCUCCAGUGGCCCAGACCUGGAGCCUCUCAUCAAAGAAAUAGUCAGGCGGAACAUCACCGGGAAGAUCUGGCUGGCGAGCGAGGCCUGGGCCAGCUCCUCCCUGAUCGCUAUGCCGGAGUUCUUCCGCGUCAUCGGCAGCACCAUCGGCUUUGCGCUGAAGGCGGGACAGAUUCCAGGCUUCCGCGAGUUCCUGCAGAAGGUGCAUCCCAGGAAGUCCAGCAACAAUGGCUUUGCCAAGGAGUUCUGGGAGGAGACGUUUAACUGCUACCUCCCCGAUGGGUCCAAAAAUUCCCCAGCUUCGACUUCCUUCCACAAGGGCCAUGAAGAAGGCCUGGGAUCUGGAAAUGGAACAGCUGCCUUCCGACCUCCCUGCACAGGGGAUGAGAACAUCACCAGUGUGGAGACACCCUACAUGGACUACACACACUUGAGGAUAUCCUAUAAUGUGUACUUGGCAGUGUAUUCUAUUGCCCACGCCUUGCAGGAUAUAUACACCUGUACCCCUGGGAAAGGACUCUUCACUAACGGAUCCUGUGCAGACAUUAAGAAGGUUGAGGCGUGGCAAGUUCUCAAGCACUUGCGACACUUGAAUUUCACCAAUAACAUGGGGGAGCAAGUGGAUUUUGAUGAGUUUGGGGACCUGGUAGGGAAUUACUCAAUCAUCAAUUGGCAUCUCUCUCCAGAGGAUGGCUCUGUUGUCUUUGAAGAGGUUGGGCACUACAAUGUUUAUGCCAAGAAAGGGGAGAGGCUCUUUAUCAAUGAAAACAAGAUCCUGUGGAGUGGAUUCUCUAAGGAGGUGCCUUUCUCCAACUGCAGCAGGGAUUGCCUCCCAGGCACAAGGAAGGGCAUUAUUGAGGGAGAGCCCACCUGCUGCUUUGAGUGUGUGGACUGCCCUGAUGGGGAGUACAGUGAUGAAACAGAUGCAAGUGCCUGUGACAAGUGCCCUGAGGAUUACUGGUCCAAUGAGAACCACACAUCCUGCAUCCCCAAGCAGAUAGAGUUUCUGUCCUGGACCGAGCCCUUUGGGAUUGCUCUGACUCUCUUUGCUGUGCUGGGGAUUUUCCUGACUUCUUUCGUCCUGGGAGUCUUCACCAAAUUUCGCAACACACCCAUUGUGAAGGCCACAAACAGGGAGCUGUCCUACCUCCUCCUCUUCUCCUUGCUCUGCUGUUUCUCCAGCUCGUUGUUCUUCAUUGGCGAGCCCCAGAACUGGACCUGUCGUCUGCGGCAGCCAGCUUUUGGCAUCAGCUUUGUCCUCUGCAUCUCUUGCAUCCUGGUGAAAACCAACCGCGUCCUGCUUGUCUUUGAGGCAAAGAUCCCCACCAGCCUCCACCGGAAGUGGUGGGGCCUCAACCUCCAGUUCCUCCUGGUCUUUCUGUGCACGUUCGUGCAGAUCGUCAUCUGCGUGAUUUGGCUCUACACGGCCCCGCCGUCCAGCUACCGCAACCACGAGCUGGAGGAUGAGAUCAUCUUCAUCACCUGCCACGAGGGCUCCCUGAUGGCCCUCGGCUUCCUCAUCGGCUACACCUGCCUCCUGGCUGCCGUUUGCUUCUUCUUCGCCUUCAAGUCGCGAAAGCUGCCGGAGAACUUCAACGAGGCCAAGUUCAUCACCUUCAGCAUGCUGAUAUUCUUCAUCGUGUGGAUCUCCUUCAUCCCCGCUUACGCCAGCACGUACGGCAAGUUCGUCUCCGCUGUGGAGGUGAUUGCAAUACUGGCUGCCAGCUUUGGGCUCCUGGCCUGCAUCUUCUUCAACAAAGUCUACAUCAUCCUCUUCAAGCCCUCCCGCAACACGAUUGAGGAGGUGCGCUGCAGCACAGCCGCCCACGCUUUCAAGGUGGCCGCCAGGGCCACGCUGAGGCGAAGCAACGUGUCCCGCAAACGCUCCAACAGCCUGGGGGGCUCCACCGGCUCCACACCUUCCUCCUCCAUCAGCAGCAAGAGCAACCACGAGGACCCUUUUCCUCUACCGGCCUCCGCUGAGCGGCAGCGGCAGCAGCAGCGUGGAUGCAAGCAGAAGGUCAGCUUUGGGAGCGGCACGGUCACUCUGUCGCUGAGCUUUGAGGAGCCACAGAAGAAUGCCAUGGCCAACAGGAAUGCCAAGCACAGGAACUCCCUGGAGGCCCAGAACAGCGACGACAGCCUGAUGCGGCACCGAGCCCUGCUUCCGCUGCAGAAUAACGAGCCGCUUGGCACCGAGCCCAGCUUCCAGGCAGCUUCCAGCCCAGAGACCAGUUCACAGGAGUCCGUGGUAGGAGACACCAAAGAAGAGGCGCCAGGCCCUGAGGCAGAACCUUCCCUGCCUUCGGCUAACUCCCGAAAUUUUCUAGGCCCUGGAGGCGGCUCGGUCACAGAGCACACGGUACCUUCCUAACGAAAGAUCCUGAGAAGCACAGCAGCUCCAGGGGGAACUUGCUCACCUCUUGCUUCUGAAUGGGAAAGACAACAAUGACACACUUCUGUGACACAGCCCUGCCACGCCGUACUGCUAGCGCCAGUAGUGCCUGUGCCUCUGGAGGAAGGACUGUGUCUGGGGAGCCUCGGACUGGAUGCGUAGUCACUCUGUUGGCACCAGGACAUGGCAGAAGGACAAGUGAAGAUCACCUCUGGUGGGGCUUAAGCAGAAGUCUGCAUGCCGCCUUGCCUCCCUAAGCUUUUCCUGCCAGACUGCAGCUCAGCUGACUAUGGGAGGCACUGGGCAACUCCACUAUACUCUGCUUUUACGUUUAUGUAUAAUACUCCUCUUUCCCACUAUGUAUAAUAUCCCCUCUUUAUCCAGUAUAUGUGAUCUGUAACCACGUGCAUCAGGACUCCCAGCUCUACAAAAGCAAGGUACAAGGUUUCACUUGGGGAAAGCACAGUCGUGGGGAACAAUAAAGAAGCCCCCAACAUCCUGCAUGCUGUGGUCAGCCAAGGGUGUGAACAUGUAAAGUAUUUAAUGUGACAGAGCGCCCUGCUAUUUAUAUUUAGUAACGUCUCAGUCUUCUCCUUUCCUCCCAGCAGGAAACACUGGACAAUACUCUUCACAGACUCCAUUGCACUAGACCAAGCUACUAGGUUCCUACUGGUUUUCUCUCCAGCUGAGGUGGCUUUACCUCCAGCCUACCUGCUUUGGUGAAGGGGGAGAACAGCUUGUAAUUCCCCCCUGCCUCCCAACGGAGACAGCUGUGAGAGCACAAUGAGAUGUAUCCACGAUUGAUUAUGUUGCUAGUAGUUGUAUGCUUAACAAAGUGUUGCUGCUGUACUAUUCCACAUGGCAUACAUGGCU